GGCAGCGAACUGCGUCUGGCGUGUCUCGAAGGAAAGCCACGACGAAGGUGACAAAGGCUGGGUGUCCGCCACUGAGAGACGCGCCAAGGCAGCCCCGGCGCCAGUGGGUGCKUACGCGAGCUGGGAGAUGCCGCGAGGGAGAGCCCGCCCGCGGGAUGUGCUGGGCUGCACCCCAAACCGCUUUCCAGAGAAAGAGCCGAAUCCAGAAAGUGAGUGCGCGUGAAUGUGCGCGUGCUCGCGUGCGGGGGCGUGGCAGUAAACAGCAACAACCCACACGCCAGCUUGGCCAGAAACUCGGAUCUCGCUCACCGGCCGGAAAGUGCGUCUCGGCCGAGGCUGGAGGGACCCAGCUGGUGCCUGGCCUGGGAGCCAGGAUGGCCACUCGCAAAGCCUUGCUGAUUUGCCUGGGACUGCCUCUCUUCCUGUUCCCAGGGGCCCAGGCCCAGAACCAUGCCCCGCCUGGCUGUAGCCCAGACCUCAACCCCCUCUACUACAACCUGUGUGACCGCUCUGGAGCUUGGGGCAUUGUCCUGGAGGCCGUGGCUGGGGCGGGCAUUGUCACCACGUUCGUGCUCACCAUCAUCCUCGUGGCCAGCCUGCCCUUUGUGCAGGACACCAAGAAGCGGAGCCUGCUGGGGACCCAGGUGUUCUUCCUGCUGGGCACGCUGGGCCUCUUCUUCCUGGUGUUCGCCUGCGUGGUGAAGCCCGACUUCUCCACCUGUGCCUCCCGGAGGUUCCUCUUCGGGGUCCUGUUUGCCAUCUGCUUCUCCUGCCUGCUGGCCCACGUCUUUGCCCUCAACUUCCUGGCCCGCAAGAACCACGGGCCCCGCGGCUGGGUGAUCUUCGCCGUGGCUCUGCUCCUGACCCUGGUGGAGGUCAUCAUCAACACCGAGUGGCUGAUCAUCACCCUGGUGCGGGGGGCUGGCGAGGGCGGCCCUGUGGGCAAUGGCAGCGCCGGCUGGGCCGCGGCCUCCGCCUCCCCCUGUGCCAUCGCCAACAUGGACUUUGUCAUGGCGCUSAUCUAUGUGAUGCUGCUUCUGCUGGGGGCCUUCGUGGGCGCCUGGCCCGCCCUGUGCGGCCGCUUUCAGCGCUGGCGGAAGCACGGGGUCUUUGUGCUGCUCACCACGGCCACCUCCAUCGCCAUCUGGGUGGUGUGGAUCGUCAUGUACACCUACGGCAACCAGCAGCACCACAGCCCCACCUGGGACGACCCCACGCUGGCCAUCGCGCUCGCCGCCAACGCCUGGGCCUUCGUCCUCUUAUAUGUCAUCCCCGAGGUCUCCCAGGUGACCAAGGCCAGUCCGGAGCAGAGCUACCAGGGGGACAUGUACCCCACCCGGGGCGUGGGCUACGAGACCAUCUUGAAGGAACAGACGGGCCAGAGCAUGUUUGUGGAGAACAAGGCGUUUUCCAUGGAUGAGCCCAUCUCAGCUAAGAGACCAGUGUCACCUUACAGUGGCUAUAACGGGCAGCUGCUGACCAGUGUGUACCAGCCCACCGAGAUGGCUCUGAUGCACAAAGGCCCGUCCGAAGGCGCUUAUGACGUCAUCCUCCCACGGGCCACUGCCAACAGCCAGGUGAUGGGCAGUGCCAACUCGACCCUGCGGGCUGAAGACCUGUACGCGGCAGCCCAGAGCCACCAGGCGGCCACGCCACCGAAGGACGGCAAGAACUCUCAGGCUCAGUCCCCGCAAAAUAAAACGAGACGGUAGACGCCCUCUUCCCUGGACUGCACGGCCACCUGAUGUCCUCAUUCCUCUGUACCUCUCUCGCCCUUGUCCUUGGAGCUGGGAGGGACCAGAGGCCACCAACCUGAAGCAGUGGACUGAGUGGGGGCCCUGGGAAGGCCUGGGGUUCAGGGGUCUUCCUGCUUCUGCCCAGCCAGCCUCCUGGUCCCCGAGUGACUGCAAUUGGAAGGAGCUGGUUGUGGACUCCCAUCUCCCCUCUUGAUCCCACCCUCCUUCCAAGUCACGGCCUAUGUGUCUCCRGGUGUGGUUCUGCAGACAGCCCUCUUCUGCCGGGGAACGGCAGCCUCCGCUGCCUCUGUCUUGACACUGGACCUUCCUGGCUGGCCAUCUUGGUGUCCGGCGUCAUCUUGUCCCACUCGGCACCGAGGGGAGUCUUCUCUGUGAGCCUCUGGAGCCAAAUCAUGGCAGAAGCUGUCCCCUGUCCUCCUCCCCAGGGCCUUUUGCUACCACCUGGACUGUGGAAGGCCAUGAGCUGAGGCCAGUGCUUGGCCUGGACAGGUGGUGCUUCUGUUCAUGGCCGGUGGAUCCUGGAUUUGAGCCCUCUGCGCCAUGGCCCUGACUAAGCCUUCCCCAGCUUCCAUGRAGUGGGUCCCACCACCAGGCCAGGGCCAGCCCUACCUGUCCUCUGAUCCCWACUGUCCUUGCCAUUCGGGACAGGGACUACCACACCGGUUCCAACCGGAAAGCUCUUCAUCAUUCAGUGCUACCUCAUGGAGACCCCACGGAGAAUUUGGAGAGCUGUCAGGCCACAGUGGCAUUUGGGACUUGGCCUUGUUUACAUGCCAGGAUGCUCUGUGACCUUGUCUCCCUCCCCUGUCGGCCUUUGGCUUCUCAGUUGUUUGGAAGGUGGCUCCUGGGAUAGGGGCAGGUGUCGAUGCUCCUGAAUGACCUGGGCCGCGCAGGUUCUGAGGUGCGGGGGGCCUGCUGUGACUACCUGGGCAUUGGUGGCCAGGGCCUGGAAGUCCCCUUAGGAGAAACAGGCUGGGUCCAGGCUGCAUUCUCAGGGACCCGUUGAAGGUCCUGGGUCAGGCAAGUUGGGAUCCAGGCCUCUCCUGUGACAARCUGGUGGGACGUGGGGAGRCCCCUUAGRUAAGGGGUCUUGGACUGAAGAUUGUGACGGGCAGGGGGCUGAGUCUCCACCUCAGCUUGGGUGGCCGGCAUUGCUUUCAACACUGGAGGGACCUCGAGUGUCCUUGUUCUUGGACRUGCUACAGAGGGUUCUGACAGUCACCCAGGCAAGAGGGGCCAUUCUCAGAACCUGCAGGUUGCUGGUCCCGAGGAAAGGGAUGAGCCAGCUGAGACCUCCGYGCCAUCUUGGUCUGCCCUUGGUACCCGACAGAGCUGGCCCAUCCAAGGGGUCUGCCCUGAGUGUGCCCAGGAGCUCAGUCCUUAGCCCAGCAUCACCUCUGUGCGAGGUGGAAGGCAAGGACUUUUCUGAGAGGCACCUUGUGGUCGGCCCCACAGAUUCCCCAGUGCCACCCCCCUGUCCCCAGCAGCCUGUGCCUUUAUCACUGGAGCAUUUGUUCCAGAGCUGAACUGGGUGGACAGUUCCCACUGUGUACGGCUGUGUCCCCAGGUGUGAUCCCCACUUCCCUUGCACUUGCAAGAAUAAUGUUUCCCUCCAAGGGACGGGGUCUCCUUGCACCUCAGACUGCCCUUGAUCUGAGUUAGCGGUCCCCAAGGUCCCUUCAGUGAGGGAAGGCACUUGUUGACUACUGUUCUUGGUGACAAUCUCAGGAGUCUCGGGCUGGGCCKGGUGACCAGGGUGCUGCAGCCUGCAGUGGACACAGGUGUGUCUGUAGCCGGACUCCUCAGCUUGAGGAAGCUCAGGAGGGAUGGGCUCCUGAAAGAUGCGGGCCAGUCCAGCUUCYGGACUGCUUCCUCUAGUCCUGGGCAGCGUCCAGAAGACGCAUGUGUUUCAGGAGGCAGGAGGCGCCUUCUCCGAGUGGCCAAGGUGCCUCAUCCAGUGGGAGAAAACCAAGAUGAGACCUGGUGCAGGUUCAUUGUCCUAGGCACCCCCUGGUGAGUCUCACGCUGCCACUGCCRGAUCCUGUCGCUGGAAGCAGAGGACUUCAUGACACUCAGGAUUAAACGACUAUCCUCCAUUGGGAGGGGUUUCUG